AACACACUGUCACCGGCUGCCCCGGUCGCCCUUCCUCCCUCCCUCCCUUCUCCUCUGCUGCUGCUGCAGCAGCCAUCAGAAAAGGGGGCGAAAAGGCCACCGAAUUCUCCUCGCCCCGGGGCACACAAGCACAGCCCAGAGUCCCAGACCAGACCAGCAGGAGCAGGCCGCCUUUCCGCUCGAGCACCCACGCAAUCAUCACCGCCGUCUUCCUCUCCCUCCUCUCCUUCCCUUCACUUCCCAUUCCAUUCCCGUCCUCGAGACCGCCGCAUGCCACCCGCACGAGGCGCCGCCUGCUGUUCCGGGUGACCGCGCGCGGGGCCGAGACGAGAUCGGCCGGCGCGCCAUGGCCGCGCCCGGAGGAGGCCUGGACCAGGACCGAGGCCGGGGCCGGGGACAGGACGCCGCCAUUAAGCUCUUCGGCCGCAGCAUCCCGGUGCUCCACUCCUCCGUCGUCGCAGCGGCCGCAUCCGAGGUUAGCACCAAGUUAGCAAAUGAUGUAAGAAGCAAUGAUGGCAUGUCAUGCCUUCCAAACAUGCCUUUGAUUGUCAAAGCAAGUCCCUUCCCUUCCAAGAACAAUAUGAAGAAUGGUUUACAAGCUAUUAGCAGUCAGCAUGGGAAAAUGGAAGCUGAUUCCAAGUCUGAGGAAGUUAAGAAUAGUUUACAAGCUAUCAUCAGUCAGCCUGGGAAAACAGACGAUUCCAAGUCUGAGGAAACUAAGACUGAAUCUGGUGGAUCUGGCCAAGAGAAGGUACUCAAGAAGCCAGAUAAGAUUCUGCCUUGCCCUCGCUGCCAUAGUAUGGAAACAAAAUUUUGCUACUUCAACAAUUACAAUGUGAACCAGCCCAGGCAUUUCUGCCGGAACUGCAAGAGGUACUGGACUGCCGGGGGGACUAUGAGGAAUGUCCCUAUAGGUUCUGGUAGACGCAGAAAUAAGGAUCCAUCUCAUCACCAUCAUGUCACCAAGCCGUGUGAUCAUAUCGUAACUGCUAAUGGAGAUGUUUCUGAUGCAACUCAGCGCCAGUCUCUUGCAGUCAAGCCAUCUGUCCUUCAAGGUUCAGGAAAACAAAAUGAAACAGCGUGCAAGUCUGUAUCUCCAGUCCUUAAUAUUAAAGAGCAGAAUAAUGCCGACCUUAUUUCCUUGGUCUCUGGUGACAAUAAGGAAGAGAAAUCAUGUGCAUCCUCUGUGGUAUCUGGCUCCUCGGAAAACUGGAUGCCAGAAAAUACAGUUAAAAAGGAGGAGGAUAGUACUUCAGCGUACGGUAAUGGUGUGAAAGAACCUGAUCCCAACACGCAGUCUCACCAUGCUGGACCCAUUUCGGUGUUCUCCGGAAAUCCUGCUGCAGUCAUGGUGACUAAUCAGUCCUCAGCAGAUGGUAUUCAUGGGCCGGGAAAUGGUACGGUCAGUCCUCUUUCACUACCACCACCACCCAUGGUACCAACCCCGGGAAUUUGUGCACCUGCUGUUCCAUUCCCUCUCGUGCCAGCCUUCGUGAGCUGCAUUCCUGGUUGGCCAAGUGCAGUAUGGGGUGCAGCAUGGCCUGGAAGUAGUGGCCCUACAUUACUAUCUCUUCCCCCAAACAGUUUAGCUUUUUCAGGAAGCAACUCUAGGGUGUUAGGAAAGCAUACAAGGGUAGCUAAUUUGCAGGAAGAACAGAAGGCAGAAAAAAAGUUUUGGGUCCCUAAAGCUCUCCGAAUUGACAACCCAGAAGAGGCAGCAAAGAGUUCAAUCUGGGCCUCUCUUGGUAUCAAGCCUGAUGAGAGAAUCAUAUUCAAGUCUUUCCAGUCCAAGGAUCUGAAAAAUAGUGAGACUAAGACGCCAGAAUCCCUGCAGGCCAAUCCAGCAGCGUUUUCCCGCUCUCAGACAUUUCAGGAGAGGACCUGAGAAACUUAUAGAUGCUCCCAUCGGUGACAUCAUACCGCAAAUAAAUUGUCCUCAAAACAAAGGAUACCAGAGGAUGGUCAAUGUUCCUAUUUAAGAUUUUCUUGAAUUGAUCUGUCGCUAAGCGCAGCAGUUUGGCAAUCAACUCAGACCUGUCCAAGAUUUACAGUUUUUCUUUUCUUUCUGACGAUAGCUAGGUUGGUCUGAAGAUUAUGACUGCUCAAGGAGCCUUAUGUAAAUACAGUAGGCCUGUGAAUUGAUGUCGAUAGUCUUUUAGCUGGUUAAAGUUCUAAUGUACUCCCUCCGUUCUAAAUUAAAUUAUAAGUUGUUCUGACUCUAGAUACAUAGAUUUUGCUAUGUAUCUACAUAGUAAAAGAUAUAUAUCUAAAAAGGCUAGAACAACUUAUAAUUUGGAUUGAAUAGAGUAACUGCAUUGAGGUCAUGGAGUGGAUACCUAGGUUCAUGAGCGCGAUUAAA